AUGGACCCCCCCCAGGGGGCCGAGCGUGGCCUGGAGGAGACGCAGGGGAGGGCCGGGGCCCCCCGCAGCAGCCGGCCCCACGGUGACCCCGACCAGCAGCGGUACCCCGGACACCCCGGGGCCAGAGAGGACCAAGCCCGCGUGACCAGACAGAGGGGGGCGGAGGCGGUCCAGCGGGGCCUGAGGGGCCGACCCGCGCCCAGGGGCCCCCAAACACGGCCCAGGAAGACCCUCCCCCCCCCUCGCACGCCGUCCCCACCCGACAGCCAGGCUCUCCCCGGGGGGGGCGCGACGGAGAGGACCCCGCCCGACGGCUACUGCACCUACGUCCUGACCCCUGACCAGGGCUUCUAUUUCCCCCCGGACCCCGGCGACCGGCCGGGCGCCGCCCAGGACCCGGGCUGUCCCGAAAGCCGGCGGGGGGGCGGCUGGCGGGGGCGGGGGGGGGACCGGCGGCGGCGGGAGGCGGUGGGCUGCCGCCUGCACAACUACGCCGAGCGCUCCGACGGCGAGUCGGACAGCCCCGAGAAGGAGGCCGAGUUCGCCCCCCACCCCCGCGCCGACAGCUGGGACGCCGACCCGGCCCCCGCCGGACCCGGGGGGGGCCGCAGCCCCCCCGAGCCCCGCCGCGGCACGCCGGAAAGAGAAGAGGGAAGAGAAAGCCCCCCGCCACCGGGGGACGAAAAAGCCGCCGGCCGGGGGGGGGCACCCGCCAUAGAGCGGGCCACCCGGCCCCCCCAGGAGGCGGCGGCCAGCAGGGAGUGCCAGGGCCAGAGGGAGGGCCAGGGCCAGAGGGAGUGCCAGGGCCAGAGGGAGGGCCAGGUCCAGAGGGAAGCCAUAGUGCUGGCCAUUAAGGACAUCAGGGACGCCAUAGAGGAGGUGAAGACCAAAACGGUGAGGUCGCCCUACACCCCCGACGAGCCCCAGGAGCCCAUCUGGGUCAUGAGGAAGGACCUGAGCCCCGGAGAGUGUCCAGCCGCGCCGUCUGAUGGUGAGAAUUCUCCCUGCACAGACUCCCCCUCUCCCCCCCGGGCGGACUCGUCCAGCCGGCUGCUACUGCAUGAGGACAGCCCCGAGGCGUCCCACUCCCACAGAGAGUCCAAGAAAGGCCUUGCAUCAUUCCCCACAUAUGUAGAAGUGCCUGGACCUUGUGAACCAGAGGACCUGAUCGAUGGGGUGAUCUUCGCUGCCACGUACCUGGGCUCCACUCAGCUGCUGUCCGAGAAGACCCCGUCCAAGAGCAUCCGCAUGAUGCAGGCGCAGGAGGCCGUGAGCCGCAUCAAGGCGGCCCAGAAAGUUUCCCCGACCCAGCCUCAGGCCCUCGAGGAUGAGUCUCAUCCAAUGACUGAGGUGGAUAUCUUCAUCUCCAUCCAAAGAAUCAAAGUGAUCAAGAAUAACUCCCAGGAGAUCAUGAUGGACCACCCGCUGCAAACCAUCUCCUACAUCGCUGACAUCGGCAACACCAUGGUUCUGAUGGCCCGCCGAAGGCUGACUCAGCAGGACUCUCAGGAGAACGUGGAAGCAUCAGACCCCAGUCAAGAGAGCAAGUGCCAGUACAAGAUGAUAUGCCACGUGUUCGAGUCCGAGGACGCCCAGCUGAUUGCCCAGUCCAUUGGGCAGUCCUUCAGCGUGGCUUACCAGGAGUUCCUGCGGGCCAAUGGCAUCAACCCCGAGGAUCUGAGUGAGAGGGAAUACAACGACCUGCUCAGCACUCGGGACAUGUACAACGAUGACCUGGUCCACUUCUCCAAAUCUGAGAACUGCAAAGACGUGCUCAUAGAGAAGAGUAAGGGGGAGAUCCUGGGAGUGGUGAUUGUGGAGAGCGGGUGGGGCUCCAUCCUACCCACCGUCAUCAUCGCCAGCAUGAUGCACGCCGGGCCGGCGGAGAGAUCCGGCAAGCUGAACAUCGGAGAUCAGAUCAUGUCCAUCAACGGAACCAGUCUGGUGGGACUCCCACUGUCCACCUGUCAGAGUAUCAUAAAGGGUCUGAAGAACCAGCCACAGAUCAACUUAAACAUCGUGAGAUGCCCCCCGGUGACGACGGUCCUCAUCAGGAGGCCAGACGCCCGUUACCAGCUGGGCUUCAGCGUGCAGAAUGGCAUUAUCUGCAGCCUGAUGCGCGGCGGCAUCGCCGAGCGCGGCGGGAUCCGAGUAGGCCACCGCAUCAUCGAGAUCAACGGCCAGAGCGUGGUGGCCAUGCCCCACGAGAAGAUAAUCGAUAUGAAGACCAUGCCGGCCGCAAUGUACCGCCUGCUGACCGCUCAGGAGCAGGCCCUCUACAUCUGACCUCUAUCUCCAGCUACUGUCUGUCCAGCGAGGACAGCCCAGAAUCCAUCUGUGCUGACCCCACGGGUCGUACUGGACGGUAUCUACCCGCUAUCUUAAACUUCCAGGAACUUGAGAGUUCCCGUCUUUGCUGGCCUAAUCCGACAUCUCCCGCAUCAUUCAUCGUUUUAGGAAACGAAAAGGCUCGUUUGGUUAAAUAAGGAAACUGCUUACUACUACUACAGUAAGUGUAUUUAAAAUAGAACUAUUUAGCUUCUGCCACACGCACAA